UAUAUAAUUCAAACUUUGAGUUGUCGAACUUAGAGCGCUUCGAAUGGGAAAGAAGCAAUGUCACCUCAAGAAAAUAGUAGCAAAUUAUCCAAAAAACUAAUUUAAAAGAAAUCGCUCAAAAUGCCGACUCCAGUUUGCAAUGUAUCGAGCGACAUAGACUGUAGGAAAGACUGCCUUCCUGUGACUAGAAAAUGGUGGUACUUCAUCGUCACAAGUUUUUCCUUGUUCUUUUCUGGGCUUAUAGUGAUAUAUUUGACAAGAUUAUUARUUCGGAUUUGCAAUUCGAAGAARGGUAAACUCGUUCCAACUGACAGAGUCYUAAAGAAGACCAGCGGCGGGGAUAAUCAGGACGAUGAAACAASCUUCUACGCUCGUAUACGGGAGAGCGCUGGGACAUUACUAACUGCGCAGACCUUCAAAGGCCAAUGUUUUGUGGUGAUAUCUUUUAUAUUUAGUAUUUCGUAUGUUGUGCUGUAUGCAGUAGAAGCAACUUAUCCAGUGGAACACUGCCUUGAUUUAAAUGAACAAAUAUUAUGGCUGUUUGAGAUUGGUUUAAAYACAUUUUUUAUCCUUCAUUUCUUGUUGCGGUUCCUUGCCGCCAAUGAUAAAGUUCGUUUCUGGAUGGAUCCRCUAAGUUUGGUCGACUUUUUCACUGUACCUCAAGUAUUCGUUUCAAUUAUUAUCAGGCAAAACUGGAUUGGCUUACGAUUCCUGCGAGCGUUGCAGCUCAUCAAGCUAGCAGAUAUACUUCAAUUCCUGGGAAUAGUUCGCUCAAGUGGUGCUGUUACCCUUGCAAAGACUGUAGGACAACUGUUUGCAGUUCUUUUGACCUUUGGAGGACUUAUUCAUUUGUUGGAAAACACUGGAAACCCAUGGGACACAGAAAACAGUGCUCAGCCCAUGACUUACUUCGAGAGUCUUUACUUCCUUGUGGUAACAAUGUCGACAGUUGGGUAUGGUGAUGUAGGUGUAAAUACUAUUUUUGGUCGCUUAGUGAUUAUGGUUUUUAUUUGCAUUGGGUUGGGCAUCUUUGCAACCCAUAUACCAUUGAUUAUGGAAUACUUUGCCUCGCAUUCUCAAUAUCACGGCUCGUACAAGGUCGCUCAAGGCAGAAAGCACGUCGUUCUUUGCGGAUACAUUACGCAUGACACGGUCGAGAAUUUUCUACGUGAUUUUCUUCAUAAAGAUCGAUCGGAUGUUGGCGUUGAUGUUGUGAUUCUGGGAAAUGAAUUCCCUGAUCAAAAUAUCCAGAGUGUUAUUAAGAAGCAUUACGUGCACGUGUCAUACUUUAUGGGAACCGUGUUGACGUCUGAAGAUUGUCGGCGAGUUAAGAUGGCAAAAGCAGAUGCAUGUUUAGUUUUGUGUGACAAGAACUGUUCCGUUCCCGACAACGAAGACGAGGAAAAUAUCAUGAGAGUUGUUGCGAUCAAAAACUUCUUUCCUAAGAUGAGAGUUAUUGUCCAGUUACUGCAAUAUCAUAAUAAGGCUUAUCUACUCAAUAUACCGUCAUGGGACGCCAAGCUUGGAGACGAUGUGGUGUGCGUCAACGAGCUCAAGUUAGGAUUUAUCGCUCAAAGCUGCCUGUCUCCUGGGUUUUCUACACUUUUAGCAAAUAUAUUCUCCAUGCGUUCAAAUGAUUCGGAAAACGACGAGGGUGGUGAAGACGACUGGAAGAAAUGGUAUAUCAGAGGAACAAACUGCGAACUGUACACUGAAAAGCUUGCUACUUCCUUCAAAGCCAUGACUUUCCAACAGGCUGCUGAAAUUUGUUUUGAGAAGCUGAAUUUAUUAUUGAUUGCAAUCGAAAUAAUGAAACUUGACGGCGAGAAAACAUUUGCUAUCAACCCCAAAGACAAAGCCAUGACAAUCCAAGCAAAUACACUWGGAUACUUCCUGGCCGAGUCGUCACAUGAUGUCAAAAGAGCCCUUUACUACUGUACGUCGUGUCAUUCUGAUAUACAAGACCCUGAACAAAUCAAGGAGUGUGAAUGCUCUAAACCUGAAGAUCGACYGCAUAAUACGUACAAAGAGUUCAAAGAUGACUUGGAUCCAUUCCAUAAACCAGAAGUUGUAUUCUACCGCAAAGCAGAAAAGGUCGGUCCGAUUGGCGUCGUCAAAGCAAAGGAAGAUACACUCAACGGCAGCACAGCUUCAAAAAGCUCGGGUCUUCCUAUAAAUUUGACGGCUAUGUCCAAGAAGCAAGGAAGCUAUAAAGUUCUCAGCAAAUUAAAAGC